GAAGCCGAGCCGGAGAGUGACGAGGAGGACGGCGGUCCCGCCAUGGGGGCCCUUCUGGAAGACGCCCGCUCCGCCCCGUCCUCUAGAUCCAACCGCUCCCGCAGAUCGUCCCGGUCGCGUAGGUCCUCAGCUCGCUCAGCUCGCUCGGGCCGGUCGGCGCGGUCGGGCAGGUCGGCGCGCAACAGCAAGGUGGGCAAGGGCGGCAAGGGCAGUCGGCGGCAGCGCAGAGCGGCGCCCCUGGAGACCAAGAACGAGGAGUACUUGCGGCUGAGGAGGGAGGCGCGGGCGAAGCGGCUGGGCCGGGACUGGGUGUCCCUCAACCGGGAGGCUCUGAGAGAGCUAGAGGCCAAGACCGCGCACAUCAAGGUGGGGGGAAGAAGGGGGGGAGAGAAGGGGGGGAAGGGGCAGAUGGGAUGA